AUGAGAGAUGAAGAAAGAUAUCCCAUCCCGGCCGAGGUUCCUUCGCAGGGUACACAUUGGGAGACACUCGGGCCAGAAUCCUCCCUCCCGCAAGUCACAGUCAUAGACACUUGGGAUUCCAGACCCCUUGGAUAUGGCCAUGGCCUAUACGUGAGCGAUGCACAACACUCAUUCGAGCCCGAAGGGCAUAGCCCACCAAAAAAAGACGCGGAAUCAUCGGCUCCGGUCUUGGAGAAGCCGCCGCGCAGGAGAACCAUCUUUGGACUGAGGAGACGGGUCUUCUGGAUGCUGGCAGGGGCAGUCUCCGCUCUUGUGAUUGUCGGAGCCGUCGUCGGGGCGGUGGUUGGCUCCAGCAGAAUCGGAAGCGGCGGGGGCAAUGCAGGAGGUAGCUCGACCUCGUCGUCGUCGCCCAUGGCUGCAGCAAAUAGACAUAUCGGGGCGGCGGCCAUGAAUGUGACGGGGUCGACUGGCACAAAUGUCCAGGUUGUAUAUCAGGAUCUGAACACAUCCGACCUGUUAUACCGACUCGUCUGGAACGACCAGGCCUCUGGAGAGCAGAGGCUGUCGUUGUCGCCUGCGCCCCAGCGCAAGACUCCUAUCGCUGUCACGACCACUAACACGACGGCGAGCGACGGGAUCAUGACCAACGUAUUCUACUUAUCCGAGGACACAAAUGAUUCGUCAAUGUCGACUAUCUGCCAGGUGACCCUGCAGUGUUCUCUCAACGCCGAGAACUGCACCGUCUCGGAUGCAACAGUCAUCAGCGCUAAUGCUACCAACGGCGUCGUCAACACGUCUGGCCUCGCUGCGACCCUUGUCUCCGAUAAUGUCCAGGCUCGAGUGUUUUAUAAAGCGGGUUCACACGGCGUGAGAGUCUUGAGUGGAACGAGCGGGGAGGCGGAUGGCUGGCAGGACACGGUGCUCGGAAGCGCUUCGUAUGCUGGCUCCGAUAUUUCCGUUAACUUGGAUCCAGACGAGGACACACUGCAGGUUAUCUUUGUGAACAAGAACACUAAAGAAUUCGAAACCUUCCUGUACAGUGACGCGGCGGGGCCGGGGAAUACACCAGCCGUUGCCAUUGUCUCGUCCGAUCCGCCAGGCUGGAGCACAGACGAUAUGUUCUCGAGUUGCUUCGUGCCAGAGUUGAACCAACACCAUCUCUAUUACGUGUCUUCGACGGGAGGUCUGUAUGGCAUGUGGGCAAACGGGUCCAGCGCGAAUUGGACGCAGACACACGUUGCCGACUGGGGUACGGUUCAGGGCGGCAUUGCGAGCGUCGGCUGGGGCACGCAGGUUCGACUGCUUCAUGUGGCUGGCGACCCCGCGACACUGAGCCGUGUUAGAGCCGCUGACAGCAUGAAGGCCAUCCGCACGGGCACGAAGCCACCUCUCGCCACAUAUUGA